AUGGCAGCCGCUGGAUUAGGGCAGUUCCAGGUAGGAGAGAUUCUUGCCCGCACCACCUCCGAGGAUGGAGGAGAAUGGAUCUGGGUUGUGGUGGUUCCAGUAGCAGGUCGCAUGAGUGCCUCCGUCAUGGUGGGAGCUGCAAGCCGGCGUCCCCCACAUGGGGUUGCGGCGGAUGCAGUGAACUGGGUCUGCACUCCUCCGGGGGCAGAGGCAAAGUGGUUUCCGACAGCGGCGGAGUCGCAACAGGUCAUCAGGGAUGGUACCGUCCUUUUGCAACAGCUACAGCUUGCGGGUGCAGGAAGCUAUCCGGUGAAUGCGGCUGGCGCAGCUGGUCGGCUGGAGCCUGUGCCACUGCCGGUGGCGAUGCCGGUUGCCCCAGCAAAUGUCGGGGCGCCAGGCGCGGGGGCGGCAAGUGGCGCAGCCGGGGUGUCCGGGCUGGGGCUUCAGGGGCAAGGUGCCGGUGGUGGAGACGCCACAAACCAGCUGGACCUGCGCAAUCUGGAGGCGGCAGUGAAGCAGCUGCAGGCCCUGUCCUUGGCGGAAUCGAAGAAGGAAAAGAAGGAUCGCAAGAAAGGCAAGAAAUCCAAGAAGAAGAAGAAGAAAAGCCACAGGAAGGACAAGGGCAAGAGCAAGCGUGUGAGCUACGACGACUUGUCCCACGUCGACGGCUUGAAGUGGAAGAAGAAAGGGGACCUGGUGGCAUUCGCUUCGAAGCAUCCAGGUGCGCUGACGGCCCACUUCCUGGCAGGGGUGUACGCCAGGCUGUCAAAGGGCACAUUGAGCAGGUCAAGCCAGCUCAGGGAGGCCUCGGUGGCGGCCUGGGCACACCAGUUCACGGGACUCACGGAGGUCCGGGAUUUGAAGGAGGUUCUCACGCUUGCGGAGAUCUUGGACUCUGUGAAUCGCCGGGAGAUCGAGAGGGCCAUGGACAUCUUGUGCCAAAGGAUCCUUGCCAUUCAGGCUGCGAAGAUGAAAGGGGGCAGCUGGGAGAAAGCGGAGGCCAUCGAGUUGGUCACCACCCAGAAGAGCCUGGCCAGCAGCUCCAUGCUGGCCGUGGCUGGUUUGGCUAAGGCCUUGGGCAGAGGGUACAGGCACUCUCCUGGGCAUGUUUUUCCUUUGCCGCCCUUUAGUCGUGGCGGUGAUGUGGUGACUGAUGGCUCUGCCGAUUCUCCGGAGGCUUGUACAGGUCUGGUUGAAGGAGCCAAUCUCGUCAUCGCGGUCCUUAAUGAUUUGCAUCGGGGGCCAGAUGGUGGUGGUGUUCGGCCGCUGCUGUCGGCAGCCCAUCGGCGGGUACAUGCUCGGAUAGCGUGUGCCUUGGAGGCAAUGGUGUUGACUGAUGAGCCUCUUUUGUCUAGCGAAGGGCUAGACAACUGUUUGAAGCAGUCUGAACAUUACUCUGGUAGCGGGGUGGUGUUAGCUCUGGGUGUGAAAGGGGGUGUUCCCACCAAAGCUGCUGAUGUCCCUCUUGAGCAGCAUCUGCAGAGCACUUUCCCAGAGAUGGCGGAGCAGGUGAUUCGGCCGAAUGCCCUGCUGCUGCUAUCCAGGCGGAGGCCACGCCACGUGAAGAGAGGGUAUACUUGGCUGGCCCGUUCAUACCCCGAGCUGGUGAAACGCAAUGUGAAGGCGGGCCUCCACUGCCUCAAGAAGCCUGGUCAAGUGGCCAAGCACCGAGGCGCGAUGUGUCUGGCAGGCGCUUUCGCUGUUAAGAAAGACGAGCAUGAGGACAGAGUGAUCACAGAUCCAAGUGUUAACCAGCUUCUAGAUCCCGAAAAGCUUCCUCGGCCCCGAUUCGCGUUCAUUCCGAAGAUGCAGUGCCUGACAGUUCCGUGCGCUGGCGACGAUGGUUGUGCGGUCCCGGUGCAUGAUGGAGGUGGCGCAGGCUGGGCGCAAGGCUUGACGGACACUGUGACCAUGAGAGCAGGGCUGGCUGGCAUCGGUGCUGCUUGGAUGGAUGCCACCGAGUCCUCUUGGGUGCGGCACGGCGUGGAACCCAAUGCUAAGAAAUCGGUGGACUCAGCCUUGGGUGAGGUCCAUCUUCGAGCGCACGUAUGGUUGGCUGACGUCUGUGAGGGGGCGAAGGCCGAUGCGGUGACCUGGGCGGCGGAGGAGUGGUCUCCGCCGGAGCCCAGGCCCUUGAGUGAGGGCCUAGAAGGGACGGUGAUCUCCGUGAUUGUGUUGAAAAACUUGGCGCACUCCAUGAAAUCAACAUCGUCGCUAUUCGCAUUGAUCCGUUGGCAGCAGUUGGCCAUGAGGGGAUCUGGGUCCAAAAGGGCGCAUGUGGAGAUUUGCUACAGACACAACAUGGACUUUUUCUUCUGGGCCUCAUUCAAAGUGGAAAAGUGCUGGGCGGUUUUGCUUCGCCUCCUUGCAGCACAGUUUCGCGUCGCUCAUUUUUGCAAGUUCUUCAAAAUGCAGUACCAUGAGGCGCUGGCUACCAACUUCGUGGAGCGGGUGGCAGCGGUGCGUUGUAAAGGCUACGUGCACGUGAUCCAUGGGUCAACCUGCAUCAUGUUCAGUGGGACUGGCCCCAACCGCGUGCAACUUUUCUUGCUGAAAACCUUGAAGCCCUCCACACGCGAGAAGUACUUGGAGGCCCUCGAGCACCUCAGCAAUGAUCUAAAAUCCGCGGGUCUUCGAUGGAAUUGCAUGACUGAGGAUGAACAGGAUGGUUUUUUAGCUGAGUGGCUCUUGGAUGGAUAUGAAGCUGAAAAGGGGCGUGCUGCAUACGGAUGGGCACUUUCAGCAGUGCAAAAAGUUAACCCUCGAGGCUCGUACCGCACUGCUUGGAAGGUCUUUGAUGCGUGGGGCGUUGAGCGGCCGCCCCGACAGGCAGCAGCAGCUCCCCCUGAGCUCAUCACGUCCAUCAUUGCGGCCGCUCUUCUAUUGAACCGUCCUCAACACAGUACCGUUAUGCUACUUUGCUACGCAGGUCUCCUAAGGGUGCGUGAAAGCUUACAGCUCUUGCACGGUGACCUGGUGGUGAGCUGGGACAGUGUGACUCUGUGCCUUGGGCGAACCAAGCGGGGUAUGGAGCAGAAAGUUGUUCUGCGGAAUCCAGGGGUGAUCUCCUGGAUACAUCAAUUUCUCCGGCGCUUUCCCGCAGUUGAUCCCAGUCAGCCAGUUUUCGCUGUGUCAUAUGCUUCCGUGCUUCGAUGGGUUAAGAAGCUUUCCAAUCUUAUAGGUGGGCCAGAUGUACUUCUGACCACUCACAGUUUCAGGCGCUCAGGGGCAUCUGAGCUCGCUCGCCAGGGCAUCCCAUUGGCCGACAUUUUGUUGUUUGGGAGAUGGCUCAGGGAGCGUUCAGCACGUGAGUACAUUCGCAGAGGCGAGGUAGCUGUUCUUCGUGCCAAAAACAGCUUUGAUGUCAGGCAGCAAACGCGUUUGCAGCGCUGGAGCGCCAUAGGACAGCAAGCUUGGGCCCUCCACGAUGCCCUCUAUGUUCAUUCGGAUGCACUACCGCGAAUCUCUCGCUUGAAUCAGGCAAGAUUUGACCUCUUUGAGCAGCAUGUGAUGAAUUUGCGGAGUUGA